AUGGGUGGUACAUCUGCUGAUAGGAGAGCUCAGAAGAUUGCUCGGUUCAAAAGGCAGAAAGCUGCAGAGUCGAAGUUGCUUGAAAUAAGAGAACGAAAGGAACGCCGUGGCCGGUCAACUAAAGCUUCUGCAUUAUCUGCUCCUGUUGAGGCUGGAGAAGAAGAUGAGGUGGACGAUGACGGAGAAGAAGAAAGGGAGGCAUGGCUAACCACCAUCUCAUUGGCACUUUGUAAGGCAUUUGAUCUGCUUGAAAUGCUGAAGAAAGAGGAAGAGAUGCUUUUGGCUAUCAAGGAACGACAGUCUCAGGAAGGGGAAGAUGAACUUUCACGGUCUAUUCUCGAUGAGCGCGCCAAGAAAGCCGAAGCCUGGCAUCGCGAUGCCGCCUCAAGGGCUCGUUUUACAAAACCUGCUGCCCCUAUCACAUGUGCCACUUUCGCUCAGGAUGUUCUAGAAGGUAGAGCUAACGUUUCACAGGCUCAUGAACACCGGCACCAGCCGAUGAUAUUCGGACCAGCAAGCCUCGUGAGCAAAAAACCGACCAGCGAGAGGGAGAAAAUCGCUGCUCAAGUAUUCCAACCUCACUACAGAUUACCGACUAUGAGUAUAGAGGAAGCCGGCUUAAAGGAAAUGGAGAUAAUGAACAAAUGGCAAGAAAGAAACGUGAAGCUUAUGGAAGAAGCUAACUCGUCUUGGUACAAAGACAACAAGCAACCGAAGCUGAGCGAGGAGGAUGAUGAGAGUGAUGAUGAUGAUGCACAAGAAAAGGCGAGAGCUUGGGACGACUGGAAAGAUGAAAACCCUCGUGGUGCAGGGAACAAAAAGCUCACUCCAUGCGGCUAA